AUGAAUAUAAUCAACUCAUCUGUUUCUUUUUAUAAGUUAAACUCUAUCGCUAAAAUCCCUCGACGUUCUACAGUGAAUGCUGCUGGAUGGGAUCUGUAUGCAAUUGAAUCUAAAAAUCUCAACCCUUGGUCAAGAGCAAUAAUUGGAACAGGAAUUGCGCUCGAAAUGCCUGAUGGAAUUUACGGAAGAAUAGCAUCUAGAAGUUCGUUUGCGUUGAAAGGUUUGGAUGUUGGUGCUGGAGUGAUCGAUCCAGACUUUCAUGGAGAAGUUAAGGUUUUGAUUAUAAAUAAUAGUAAUAAUUCUCAAGUUAUAAAAGAAGGAGAAAGGUUUUCUCAAAUAAUUUUCGAACCGUUUCACGAGCCAAAAGAAGUUCUCAUCUUUAAACAUGGAAAAGAACCUGAAAAAAAUUGUAAAGUCUCAGUUGCUCCUAAUUCAUCUACUGGAUCUGAACCGAUUAACUCUGAAUUCAAUAAAUCGGUGAAAGUUAUGAAAACCAUCGAGCAAAUUAGUGUUCAUAUGGCAAAACCGUCUGAUGGAAUAUCAAAGUUUUAUUUAUAUUCUGAUAGAGAUGUUACUUUACAACCUGGUGAAAGAGCUGUUUAUCCAACUAACAUUGGAUUAUCUCUACCCGAAAAUGUUUAUGCUCAUCUCAUUGGUUCUCGAUUGCUUGCUGAUUUCGGUGUUGACGUGAUCGAAUCAAUUAUAAAAAAAAAUGCUUCGAAAGAAAUAAAUAUUAUUCUUCAUAACCGAAACAAUAAGGUACAUAAAAUUGUAGAAGGCUUACCAGUAGCUCAAAUUCAUUUUAAAUCAUAUGUAAACCAACUGAAACAAACCACUGAAGCUCCUUGUGAAACUUCAAGAAACGCUUCAGGUUUUGGUUCAACUGGUAAUGAAUAA